GGCAGCGGGGAAGGCAGAAGUACCGGCAGAAGGCAGCUGUACCAGCGAGGGGCCGAGCAGCGCCGCCAGGAAGGAGGAGAGAGGAGACCCACGACACGGCCAGGGACCCCCAUCCCGCUCCCACCGCGCCAUGUCCCUGGUGGAGACGAUCCGUCUGUGGCAAGAAGGGGUGUGUGCGGCGGACAGGAAGGAGUGGGGGGCAGCCCUGGACACCUUCAAGGCCGUACAGAACCCCCCUGCCAAAAUCUGCUUUAACAUGGGCUGCAUCCACCUGGUUCUGGGGCAGCUGGAGGAGGCAGAGGAGGCACUCACCCGGAGCAUCGUCUGUGACAAGCACCUGGCAGUGGCUUAUUUCCAGCGAGGGACCGUGUUCUACCGCAGGCAGAAACAUGAAAAGGCCAUCACGGAUUUCAAAGAGGCACUGGCCCAGCUGCGCGGCAACCAGCUCAUCGACUACAAGAUUCUGGGGCUGCGGCACAAGCUCUUUGCUUGUGAGAUACUCUACAACAUCGGGCUGGUGUACGCCACGAUAGAGGACUGGAAGAAAGCUGAGGAGCACCUGGUACUGGCCAUGAGCAUGAAGAGCGAGCCCCAGCACAACAAGAUUGACAGGGCGAUGGAAGCCAUCCUGAAGCAGCAGCUCUGUGAGCUGGUGGCCAUCCCGGCAGGGAAGCUGUUCAGGCCAAACGAAAAGCAAGUGGCUCAACUGGAGAAGAAGGACUACCUGGGGAAGGCCAUGGUGGUGGCAUCCGUGGUGGACAAGGACGAUUUUUCAGGAUUUGCUCCGCUCCAGCCACAGGCCUCCAGUCCACCGCCCAGACCCAGGAGCCCAGAAAUCCUCAGGGCCCUCAAGGGGCAGCCGCACCGUGUCCUGUACGAGUUCAUCCCCGAGACUGCCGAGGAGCUGCCGGUCCUGCCGGGAAACAUUGUCUUUGUCCUGAAGAAAGAGAAGGACAACUGGGCUACCGUGAUGUUCAACGGGAAGAAAGGGAUCGUCCCUUGCAACUUCCUCGAGCCCAUGGAGCUCCAGAACAAGCUGCACAUCCAGGAAGAAGCCCCUCUUGAAGGCGAGAUCCCAGAGCCACCCAGAUCCCCUGCUCCAGAGAAGCCACGACGGCCGGCACCAGACUACGCUCCUGCCACUGCGACACAGCCGAGAGACGCAGCAAAGGAGUCCGAGGCAGCCCCCGCCAGCCCCCGCGUCCUCAAGGUGCACUACAAGUACACGGUCGCCCUGCGAGUGGAGCCGGGUCUCUCCUGCACAGGGCUCCUGGGGCUGGUGUGCAGCAAACUGGAGCUGCAGCCCGAGCACACACAGCUGAGGUACAGGCCGGCGGACAGCCAAGCGCUGGUGGCCCUCAGCGCCGAGAACAUGGAGGUGGCGUGGAGCCAGAGCAGGGACAACUGUCUGACGGUCUGGUGUGACACCACGGAGGGAGAGGGGUUUUUCCUGGAGAGCCAGCCAGAGGAGCCACCACAGGAGGUGAUGCCGGCGGAGAUGGGACCGACCCAAGUUGUAGCGCAGUACGAUUACGAAGCCACCCAACCUGAAGACCUGGACUUUCAGGCAGGAGAUGUGAUACUUGUUUUAUCCAAAGUGAACGAAGACUGGUUAGAGGGCCAGUGCAAUGGGAAGAUUGGCAUCUUCCCCUCCGCCUUCGUUCACAACUCUAACACUGAAGACCUGGGGAUGUGAUUUCAGAAGAGCUUAAAGACGUGCACAAAGAAAGAAAUUAAGAAUUCAGCUGCUGCAAUGAAGAAGUUUCCAUAUUAAUCAUUCCAUUUGAAAAUGGACUUGAAAUA